UCUCUCUUUCUCUCUCACUUACUUUUCUGCUUCUAUACCCCUCCCCUCUUCCCUCACCUCACUCUGGUCACUGUCUUGUCUUAAAUAGGAACCCUAGAACACAAAAUAAAAGACCAAGAACAAUGAACCCAGGUUAAGUAGUAUUAUUGCAUCAAAUUCAAUAGACAAAAAGUCAAAAAACAAAGAAAUUAGACCCUCCCUGUUGUUGGAUAUUAUGGAUUCAUCAAUUCAGGAGUUCAUGGAGUCAUGUAACUCUGACAAUAACACCAACAACAUAAACAGAAACAUUAUCAGCAACAACAACAACAAUAGCAGCAGCAUAGUUGUUAGUGGUGGUGGUUCUUCCCCUUCCGGCGGUGGCUCUUCCAGCACAACCACCACCACGACGAGCACAAGCAGCAGCAGGUAUGAGAAUCAGAAGAGGCGUGACUGGAACACGUUUGGCCAGUAUCUGAAGAAUCACCGACCCCCUUUGUCCCUUUCUAGGUGCAGCGGUGCACAUGUUCUUGAAUUUCUAAGGUACUUGGACCAAUUUGGAAAGACAAAGGUUCACACACCAAUCUGUCCAUUUUACGGGCACCCAAACCCGCCGGCGCCAUGUCCAUGCCCACUGAGGCAAGCUUGGGGAAGUCUUGAUGCUCUCAUCGGCCGUCUUAGGGCAGCUUUUGAGGAGAACGGAGGGAAGCCUGAAGCCAACCCGUUCGGUGCAAGGGCCGUUAGACUUUACCUUCGCGAAGUUCGAGAUCUUCAGUCCAAAGCCAGAGGAAUCAGUUAUGAGAAGAAGAAGCGCAAGCGUCCACCUCAGCAACAUAACCACCACCAACAACACCAACACCAACACCAGCAGCAACAACAAACUCUGUCAAUGGCUAUGCCGUUGAUGCCGCUUUUAAAUCAUCAUCAUCAUCAUCACCACCAUCAUCAUCAUCAGCUUCCGCCUCCAGGUGCAACCCAAUAAGGCCUCUAUAUCUGUUUGAUUUAUCGUGUAAUGUAAUGUACUCUGAUCUUUGCUGUGAAGCGCGCCUUCGUUGAAGCCUCUUCUAAAAGGCUUGCCUUCUAUCUAAAUUAUCAUCUGCUCUUUGUUUUUCUCUCUAAUUCGAACAGUUCAAGCAUUUUUCAAUUAUCAAAAAAAAAAA